GUGACAGCCUCUUCCGGUGAGUGCGAGCGGAACAAGAUGGCGGCGCUGAUGACACUGAGACAUUCCUCUUCACCGCUGAAUAAGAACUCGUCCAGCUGAAGAAUUUCAUGAGGAGGACUGAGGGGAUACCGUGAUGGAAGGCUCUUCAACUCCCCACACCUCCAGGCCUACCCCUUCUCGGAAGCGGGAAGGGAGUGUUGAAAGCCGAGGUCGGUCAUGUGUCCGAGUGACUUCUAAGCCAGUGAGGAAAGUGCGGCGAACAGCGAAGUGGAACGCCAGGGACUACACGAUCCAUGAUACUGACAACGACAUGCUCUUGAUCAUAUCUAAUGAAAAUGGGAUGCAGAGGAGGCCAAGAAAACUAGCAGGGAAGAAAAGCAGCCGCAAGUUAAACACACAGCGCAGCUCCCACAAAAACAAGGGGCUCCUGAACAAUGCAGGGUUGAAGGAAGCCAACUCUUUGAGCUUGGCAGGUCAGGAUAAGCAAAUUGAUUCAGAUCUGGAGCCUGAGAAGCCAGAAGUCUUGGACCGAUGGGGCCAGCAGCUUCCAAUUGAAGUCUUGGUUCAUAUCUUCCAUUAUGUAGUGUCAUCGAAUGGGGCUGUACCAUUUCUCUGCAGGAUGGCCCGUGUAUGUCAUCUGUGGUAUGGGGCUGCUGCCAACCCCAAACUUUGGCAGAAAGUCACAAUCUCCUACUGCUGGGUGGAAUCUGGAAAGAAAUUGGUGCCGCCGGUUCAGAGAAAAAUCCAAAACACCCUCAACUGGCUCAAAGACAACCGGUUUUCACAGCUUCGGGAAUUCUCUCUCUGCAACUGGAAUAACCUAGUGAGUUACACCAUGAAGACUAUUACUGAAUCCUGCCCUCACUUAGCCUCACUGCGACUGACCAACUGCACUGGUGUCACAUCUGAUGUCUUUGAAGCAUUGGCUACCCGUUGCCAGAAGCUGGAAAGUUUAAACCUGCAGCAUUCAGUGAUUGACACUGCUGCUGUUGUUAAUUUUCUGGAAGCAGCAGGUUCAAACCUCAGACAGCUCUGUGUGACAUACAACAGUCGCCUGCACAACAUCUUCAAUGCCAUUGUGGCAGGCUGCUGUACGGAACUUCGACUGCUGGAGGUGAACACUGAAAUCAAGCAGACCAACCCCUACUUCCAGUUCUGCAUUGAGAUGUUGCAGGCAGGCUGUCCUAAGCUGCAGGUGCUGAGGCUCCUGAACUUAACCUGGUUCCCGAAAGCUUGCACUAUGAUCGUUUCACCAGAAGUUGGCUUCUCAGAGCUGGAAGAGUUGUGCUUGGCCACAUCAUCAUUUUCAUUGGUUACUGAUGAAGUUCUGGUAAAGCUACUGCACUUGUCAUCUAGGCUACGGACGUUAGACCUGAGAGGCUGCUAUCGGAUCACAUCAGCAGGGUUACAACUUUUACCCUGUCAAGACCUGGCACGGCUUUUCCUGGGACUUUACUGUAGCACCACUACCCUGCUGUUGGCUAAACAGGGCUCUGAGCAGAUGGCAUUGAAAUGGAGGCAUUCUUUACAAGAACUCGAUCUCACUGGGCAGUGCUACAGUGAGAAAGACCUUGAGCAGGCCAUGGAAAUCCUAGUUGGGACUGAGGGAAACCAUCUUCUGCGAUCCUUAAACCUGGCUGGGACAAAGGUCACAUUGGAUGCCAUCAGAGUUGUGGUGAGCAGCAGCCCCAAUUUGAACUACCUGAACCUGACUUCCUGCCGCUGUCUCCCUCGUGGGCUUAAACGUAUCUACAGAGGUCAGGAUGAGAUCUCCCAGUUUGUUAACCGCUUGCUGGGCAGCACGGAGAACAGCAGCUCAACAGUGACCGUGGACCACAAGGAGCGAUUGUAAAGCUAGUGGCCUGCUUUCAAAUACCAGCAAAAGCUGAGUUGCAAAUUCAACGGGUGGUGUGACUGACUCACUUUCAUAAACAAAGUGCAUGCGCGCGCGUGCAUGUGCGUGCAUGUAGGUGUAUCUGUGUGUAUGUAUAUGUGUGUAUGCGCGCGUCUGUGCCUCCAGCUCCCUCCAAAAAGUUCAAAGCACAAUCAGUAAAUAAAACAUAAAAAAUAUGGUCUGUACUCCAAUUUGAGAUCAGUUUCAAGCAACUGUAAUGAAUGCACAUUUACAAAUAAUCAAAAAAUGUUGCUAAGCAAUAGAAACAGAGUUUAUAAAACUAUACUGGAGGUACAGUGCUUUGUUGAUGUUGAGGAAAAUUUACAAGGUUAAUGUGACUUUAAAAGUAAGAGCUCUGACAAAUAACACUGUAACUGAGCCUGAUUUGAAGGCAGAAUAAGAGCUCUUUUUGAGAUUGUAUGUUUAUCUGUUGAUGAGUUCCUGUUUCUCAAUGCAGCGGUUACAAUAUUCUGCUUCCUCCUUUCUCAGCUGCUGAAUGUAGACUGAUGACCAGUUUUCCAGCCCUAUAGGCCCCCACCUUUUUGUAGCCUCACUCUUAAAUGGAAGUUCUUUCCUCUUCUCAUCGCUGCAAAAUGGGAAUUGUAUUUUUAUGUUUGAAUGGAUGAGCAAAGGUCAUUGUGAAGAUUUGAAUCAUGGUAUAUUCCUGAAAAUAUUAAUGUAAAUUCAAAGUUUUUUGAUAUGAGGUUUUGUGCUGCGGUGUUUUCAUUCUCAGGAAAAACAAGGUAGCUUUCCUAAAUGGCUAAGCAACUGAGCAGUUUGGGUGCUAAACAUGUUCCUCCCAGAUCACAUGGCAGUUAGCCUGACCAGGAACUCUACGCAUCUAGCAAUGCUUCCUCCAGGGGUUGAGUUGUCUGAAGGAGUAUAAAGUCUGAGUUCUUCAGUGUCCAGCUCCAGAAACCAGUGCAAGAACCAGGACAGGGAAAGGGCUAAACCUGGCAGCUGCAACCAUAGCACACUCUCAUGUCAAAAAUUGUAUGUGUUGAUUGCCACAUGGCUAAGAGCCAUUGAGCUGUCAUCCCAUUAAGUUCUUUUAUGAGCUGGAGUGGGCGCAUUGGCAGUGGUGCGGGAUGUCCUAGUGAGAAUGGGACAGCAUUCCAACUACAAUAACGUUCAGCAGCUGCAAAACCAAUGAUUGAUGUUUUUAUGAUCUGGCAAUAUAUAUUCUACAAAAAUGUUUUUUGAACUCAUUAAUAAAGUCAAUGUAUAGAUAAAUG